UGGGCGAGCGCCAUAUCUGAUUGGGCUUGGGACUUCCUAAUUCGCUCAUAUCCUGCAUCCCGCAUCCCUACAUCUCAUCCCGCCUUCAGUUGGUUGCCGGCUGGGAUCUUGGGUGCCGCCCUGUAGUCAUCAUACCUACAUUACGUAUCCCCGAACCUCACAUAUAUAAAAGGCCGCAUCCAGCUUUCGUAGCUUCGAAAUGCCUGCUCCUCCGCGUACGUAUUGCUAUUCUCCUUCUACUCGCUGCUUAUCUCCCCCCCAUGGCCGCAGAAGAUGCUUUUGCCUACGCGCUGAGUUCUAACCAAGCCUGGGCCGGUUACAAAGGUCAUCAGAACCCCGACUUCUUCCCCAAAUUGGCAUCGGGACAGUCUCCAGCAAUCCUUUGGUUAGGUUGCUCUGACUCGCGCUGCCCGGAGACGACGAUUCUAGGCUUGCAGCCAGGCGAUGUCUUCGUGCAUCGUAACAUCGCCAACAUUAUUUCGCCAACCGAUAUCAACACGGCAGCUGUCAUCGAGUAUGCAGUUGUGCAUCUCAAGGUGAAGCACGUCGUGCUUUGCGGACACUCAUCGUGUGGCGGGGCUGCAGCUUCGCUUAGCGACAACCGCGUCGGCGGCGUGCUGGACAUCUGGUUAACGCCUCUUAAGGCUGUGCGCAACGCGCACAAGGAGGAGCUAGACAGCAUCGCCGACGACAAGAAGCGUGCGGUGCGCGUCGCCGAGCUCAACGUCGAGGCCGGCGUCAACGUGCUCAUGGCCAAUGCAUCGAUUCAGGAUGCCAUCGCCGAAAGGGGCCUGCAGGUUCACGGCACCUUUUUCGACAUCGGGACGGGCCGCAUCCGCGACCUAGGCAUCGGCACAGGAAAGGGGGGACAUUACGGACCAUCAGGCGUUAAUGGAGACUCGGACAUCGUUAGGGGCAAGCAUGCAAUGCUGGUUUUUAGGACGGACGGCGAGGGCAGCAUGCAAGCUCUCUAAACGGAACGGACGGAAAGCCGGCGGUUAGGUACAAGUUAGGGGCGUUUAUACACCGGAAUGUGUGUGUGUAUGUGUGUGUCUUGUCUUGGUAUCAGAAGAGCAUAGGAGGGAAAUGUCAUCUAACGGAGAGCGGAUAUUGAUACCUAAGUGAAUAUGGGGGGUUAUUAGCGAGGUUGGUCUUAAAGAUACCUGACUGAAAGGGUCAUUUUGGCGGACGGCGUUGGAGAAACGGAGAUGUGUCCAAAGUUUCGAAAAAAGUCUGGCGACGGGAUUUCCGUACGUUAUUGG